AGCUGUCACGCAAAGAUCAAGAUCAAGGCACUAAAAAAUCAGCUGAGAGGACGCCUACCCGUGCAUUACUUCCCUGAUUUCCUUUAUUCCUCAUCACCAACACUUUUCUCAAGCUGCAACCCGUGGCAGGUGCAGCGAGGACGCCUUUCCCGCCAGAGAGGAAGAAAGCAAACUGAGAUAAUGAUGGGCGGGAAGGAAGAGAAACAGACAAGCCCAGUACAGAAUAAGGAACAGGAGAAGAAGGAAGAGGAACAAGUACAAGAUAAACAAGAGAAGAAGGAAGAAGAAUUUAAAGAAAAGAAAGCAGAAGGAAAGAAAGGAAGUGAAGGAGCAGUAAAGAAGGAAGUGGAAGAUGAAGAAGAGGAUUCAGAGGAGGAGGAAGAGGAAGAGCCCAAGCUGAAGUAUGAGAGAGUGUGUGGUGAUCUGCGUGACAUUCUGAAGAGAGAUGCUGCCACUUGUAUUGCUGCUAACUCAAAGCUGAUCAUCGUGGGCACCAGCUGGGGUAGAAUACACGUCCUUGACCACCAGGGGAACAAGGUGCGAGAGUUUGCCCCUCACAACUCCCCGGUGACCCAGCUUGACCUUGAUGCCAAUGGGGACUACAUCGCUUCCUGCUGCCACGACAGAAGGGUCGUUGUGCAGGGGCUCUACACAUCUGAGAACUCCCACACCCUGGUCCUGGAGGCUCCUGUGCGCUGUGUGACCCUGGACCCCAUGUAUUAUAAGCCCAGAUCUGGCCGUCGUUUUGUUGUCGGCACCACCAAGCUGAUCCUGUACGAGAAAGCCUUGUUUGGUCAGCUGAGGAGUUCAGUGCUGGCAGAGGGGGGUGGGGCAGGGCCGGUGAGGGCCAUGCGGUGGGCUGGGCAGUUCCUCGCCUGGGCCACGGACUCUGGGGUGCGAGUAACAGACAUGGCCACCAAGAGCAUCAUCACACUUAUCAAGAGGGAUCAUAGUCUUGCCCUUCCAGGUGAACAGUACCUACCACACCUGUGCUGGGCUAAUGAGCAGACACUCAUGGUGGGCUGGGGUGAUUCCAUCAAGGUGUGCAGGGUGCGAGUGCGUUCCACCCCACACUCACCGCACCUCACGCCUGCACCUGUUUCUUUGCCUCUACACUACUUGGAGAUUGUGUUUAUGUUCACCACUGACUUCUACGUGUGUGGAUUGGGGCCGCUGGACGAACACGUGGUGGUGCUGGCCUACAACAAGCGCACAGACCGCCAGCAGGCCAGUCUUGGGUUGGACUCCCGGCGGCCACAGAUCAGGGUGCUGGAGCCUCUGCAGGGCACGUUUGAGGAACUCUCCAUGGAUGUGCUGGAAACACGAGGCUACCAGGAGUACUUGCCUGCGAAUUAUCAUCUUGAGUGCCUGGUGGAGGACAAGCAGUUUUACAUCGUGUGCCCCCAGGACAUAGUGGUUGCCAAGCCCCGCAGUGCUGACGACCGCAUGGAGUGGCUGCUGGAGCACAACAAGUAUGCCGAGGCUCUGGAGCUGGUUAAGGCAUCCAGGGAGGUGCGGCAACACACAGUCCUCAGUGUGGGCCAGGCCUACAUCGACCACCUGAUGAGUGUGCACAGAUACCAGGAGGCAGCCAAGAUGUGCACUGAGAUACUGGGGCAGGACAAAGCACUGUGGGAGCAGGCUGUGGUGUGGUUUAACAGGGCCAGACAACUUAGGGUGCUCAGUCCACACUUACCCCAGGGUGAAGGGCUUUACCUCGACCCUGCAGUGUACCAGACCGUCCUGCUUGACCUCCUGCACAGUGACCACCAGGGCUUCCUCCAGGUGGUGCAGCAGUGGUCGGGUCACUUGUACAACGUGCCCUACAUCAUCAAUGCAGUGCUGGAGUUGCUGGCUCGUAACACCAACAACCUUACCUUGCUGAGAGCCCUGGCACACCUCUACUCCAAUAUUGACAAGCAUGACAAGGCCCUCGCUAUCUACCUGAAACUGAAGCACACAGGCGUCUUCGCUCUGAUUGGCCGCCACAACUUGUACAGCUGCGUGGCCAAGCAUGUAGUGGACCUGAUGACUCUGGACGCGGCUGCCACGCUGGAAAUGUGCGUGCAGCAUACAGAUGCCGUGCCCCCGGAGAGUGUUACUGCCCCACUCACCAACCACCAGGAGUAUUUGUACAAGUACCUGGACGCACUGUAUGAGCACUGCCGGGACCUCAGCAAGCCAUACCACACACUCCUUAUCUCCCUCUAUGCUGACUGGAACCGUCCCAAGCUGCUCCCUCUGCUGCUGCACUCCUCCUCCUACGACCUGGAGGCAGCUCUCAGGGUGUGCCAGUCACGGUGCCUCACUGUGGAGACUAUUCAUUUGUUAGACCGGACAGGGAACAGCCAGGAGUCCUUGCGUCUCAUCCUGGAGGAGCAGCAGGACCUUCCCUGGGCAAUACGGCUCUGCAAGGAACAUGACGAUGUUGAUUUGUGGGGACAACUCAUUAAUUACUCCUUAGAUAAACCUGAGUGCAUCCGGCAGCUCCUGAACAACAUUGGCACUCACAUUGACCCCCUGCUCAUCGUUCAGCGCAUCCCUGAGGGCAUGGAGAUCCCAGGGCUGAGGGAUGCGCUGGUUAAGAUCCUUCACGAUUAUCAUUUGCAGAUUGAGUUACGAACAGGGUGUCAGCACAUCCUGGUGGCAGACGGCAGCAACUUACUCAAGAAGAAGGUGGCGGCCCAGAAUGUUGCAGUUCCUGUCUACCGUGAUACAGAGUGUGCUGCCUGUAACAAAAAAGUCCUCAACCACAGGCGUGGCGGCGAGCAGAGCAGUGUCGUGGUGUUUGCCUGUCGCCAUGUAUACCACCAGCUAUGUGUGUACCUGAGGAUGCCGGCCAGGAACAAGAAGUUUGUCUUGUCUGCAGAAAUGACAAGAGGAGGAACUUCCUGACAUUCUGAGAGAGAGAGAGAGAGAGAGAGAGAGAUCUAUGUAUGUUUUUAACUGAUCGCCAUUCAUACAUUCUCAUUCAUGCACCAUACUUUACAUUCUCAGUUAAAAAAAAAAGUCAUUUACUCAUAUAAUUGGAAGUUCUAUAUGAAUUAAUUGAUAAAAGUCAUCGUGGCCAGUAUUUAGAGCCUGAUUAUUUAUUUUUUUCACGCACGCUUCAUUCAUAACAAUUAUAUAUA